AUGUAUUCUGUGAAUACUGCUGCGGCCCUGGUGGCCCUUUAUGCCUUUCAAGGCGUUCGUGCUGCACUUGACGUGACAAGCUCAUCAAAUGUUGCUAUCUACUGGGGUCAAAACUCUUAUGGUGAAUCAUCUGGCGACCUUGCCCAGCAAGAUCUUGCUUAUUACUGUGAAAGUUCGGAUAUCGACGUCAUUCAACUGGCCUUUUUGGAUGUGAUUAACGGUGAGGGCGGUGCCCCCGAAGUCAACUUCGCCAAUUCAGGUAAUGCUUGCACUACCUUUGACGGUACUGCUCUUCUUGAUUGCCCUACAAUCGCAGAAGAUAUCAUCACUUGCCAGGGUCUUGGAAAGACCAUCCUCCUUUCGAUUGGCGGUGCCACUUAUAGCGAGGGAGGUUUUACCAGCGAGGCUGCGGCUAUCGCUGGCGCUAAAAUGAUCUGGCAAACCUUUGGACCGGUCUCCACCAAUUCCUCGAUCAAUCGUCCAUUCGGUGAUUCCGUUGUCGAUGGAUUCGACUUCGACUUUGAAUCUACUGUUGAAAACAUGCCUGCUUUUGCCAACGAGCUGCGCACCCUGUUCGCUGAAGACACCUCUAAGACAUACUACCUCACCGCCGCACCUCAAUGUCCCUACCCCGAUGCCGCCGACAACCCGAUGCUUGACGGUGCGGUAUACUUCGAUGCUAUCUGGGUUCAGUUCUAUAAUAACUACUGCGGUGUUAACUACUUCACCACCGGUUCCACCACGCAGGCUGAUUUCAACUUUGAUAGUUGGAACACCUGGGCCACUACUAUCUCUCUCAACCCCGAUGUUAAGGUCUUCCUUGGUAUCCCUGGGGGUAGCACCGCGGCUGGAACUGGAUACGAGUCGGCAUCGACCAUCACUUCAAUCGUCGAUUUCAUUGUUGAGGAAGGGUACACAAGCUUUGGUGGUAUUAUGAUGUGGGAUGCUAGUCAAGUGUAUGCCAAUGAUGGAUUCCUCUCUAGCAUUGCAUCCGGCUUGGGAUCUUCGUCUACUGGCACCACUACUAGCGUCGCGACAACUUCCAGCGCUAAGUCCACUACCAGCACUAGCACCACAUCUAAGGCUACUACCCUAUCCAAAGUGACUACGACUACUGCUUCAACUACUUCCACUAGUUCCUCCACCAGCUCGAGCUCUACCAGCACCACUGACACUAUCAAGGCGACCACCACCGCCGUUCCUACCACACUGUCGACCGUCACUAUUAAGAGCACAAAAACGGUAGUUCAUAUGAUUACCACAAAUGCCAAGGCAGUUACUUCGGCUACUUCGACCGCUUCGACCGCCACUUUGACGACUGCGACUGCUGCAUCUGCUACCACUACCGCGGCUUCAUUGACAACUGAUGAAAGCUCUGAAGUCUGCCCAGUGUCCGGAGGAACCUGUGCUACCUCUGGCACUUAUUCAUGCAAUGGUAGCAGCUAUGGAAUUUGCGACAAUGGCGAGUGGGCUAUUCAAAAAUGUGCUUCGGGUCUUAUCUGUGUGCAGGAUGGAUCUUCUAUCUACUGCGACUUCAAGGGAGACCAUCCCGAUACUACUUGCAGCUAA